GCGCACUCUGAGCUUGGCAGCAAGUUGUUGCUUCUAAACAUUGUCAAUAAAGUUCGUUUGGUACUACGGCAAGGAAAAACAGUGUAUAAGGCAUGACACUUAAGAAACAAAUAUGGCUGCCCCCAGCGAGGCAUGAGUGUGUGUCUGUGACCGUGUAAACUACUGCAUGUUGUGACAGGAUCUUACGUGCCUUCCGUCGUUUCUUUUAGAAUGACACAGACUCUGAUUUUGGGAAUUCUCCCACAAGCAGCUUUUGUGGCCGCACAACAAGUUGAUACGGAUAUGUCUACAAACGCAUGGGAUUUUGCCUAUACACAUCUGAUGUUUUUGUGGCUGAACAGGUUUUACAUAUACUCAUGUGCUGCUAUUGGUAUCACUGUUUGGUUCUGCAGCCAUUUUAUCACAGCUAGAAAAAAGCAGCAGAAUGAAAAUGUUCACAAUGGUUCUCUGCCACUGAAGACAAAAACCUUAAAAAGCUACAAUUCACCAUCUAUUAAGGAGCAAGAUGUGUAUGUUGCUGGUGUGAAAAUUUUCUAUGGCUCUCAAACAGGCACUGCCAAGGGUUUUGCACAUAUGCUGGAUGGAGAAAUCACUCUUCUUGGGCUGCCAGUGGAAAUUAUUAACAUGAAAGAAUAUGAUCCAGAUGACAACUUAAUAGAAGAAGCCACCAGUAAAAACGUUUGUGUGUUUCUGGUAGCCACCUACACUGAUGGACAGCCGCCUGAAAGUGCAGAAUGGUUCUGUAAGUGGCUUGAGGAGGCCUCCAAUGACUUUAGAUUUGGAAAAACCUAUCUUAAAGGCAUGAGAUAUGCUGUAUUUGGACUCGGAAACUCUGUAUACAGCACGCAUUAUAACACGGUGGGCAAGAAUAUUGAUAAAUGGUUGUGGAUGCUGAGUGCCAGCCGUGUUAUGACUCGAGCAGAAGGAGAUUGCAAUGUAGUAAAAAGUAAGCAUGGCAGCAUUGAGUCAGACUUUGAAGCAUGGAAAGCAAAGUUCCUGAGCAGAUUAAAAGCCCUUAUCAGUGGAGAGAAGAAGCCAUGUAGUGGCAAGUGCAAGAAAGGCAAAUGCAAGUCUAAAAUGAAAUCUAGCACAGAUGCUGUGGAGGAAGAGGCAAAACACUCAGAACAUGAGGAGACUGAGGAAGAAACAUUUGAAACAACAAGUGAUUCUGAGCCUGAGGAACACGGUGAGCCAGGAAGUGGCCUUAUUGACAUGGAAGAUCUAGGAAAGGCGAUGAGCAUAAUGAAGAAAGCUAAGAGAGAGCAGGACACUAAUGAAGAGGCUAGAAAUCGAGGGAAAUCUUUACAAAGUGAUGAAGCCAAAGAGAAGGAAGAACCAAGAGAAAUGAUUACUCCUGCUCUCCAGGAGGCUCUUACUAAACAAGGUUACAGACUGAUUGGAAGCCACUCUGGUGUUAAACUUUGCAGGUGGACAAAGUCUAUGCUGCGUGGAAGAGGAGGCUGCUACAAACAUACGUUCUAUGGCAUUGAAAGUCAUCGCUGCAUGGAAACUACACCAAGCCUUGCAUGUGCUAAUAAAUGUGUCUUCUGCUGGAGGCAUCAUACCAACCCAGUAGGAACUGAAUGGAGGUGGAAGAUGGACCAGCCUGAGAUGAUCCUGGAAGAAGCUAUUUUAAAUCACCAAAACAUGAUCAAGCAAUUUAAAGGUGUUCCUGGUGUGAAACCUGAAAGAUAUGAAGAAGGUCUAGUCGUCAAACACUGUGCCCUCUCCUUGGUUGGGGAACCCAUUAUGUACCCGGAAAUCAACAAAUUUCUUAGGCUUCUUCAUAAUCAGCAUAUAUCAAGUUUUUUAGUCACAAAUGCCCAGUUCCCUGAAGAAAUACGGUCUCUUGAGCCUGUUACACAGUUGUAUGUCAGUGUGGAUGCAAGCACUAAAGACAGCCUGAAGAAAAUUGAUCGCCCACUGUUCAAGGAUUUCUGGCAAAGAUUCCUUGACAGCUUGAAGGCCUUGGCAGAAAAGCAACAGAGGACUGUAUACAGACUGACCCUAGUAAAAGCUUGGAAUGUGGAAGAGCUGAAAGCUUAUGCUGACUUAGUUGCUGUUGGACGACCAGAUUUCAUUGAGGUUAAGGGUGUUACCUACUGUGGAGAGAGCUCAGCCAGUAAUCUAACAAUGGCAAAUGUUCCAUGGCAUGACGAGGUUGUUCGCUUUGUUGAAGAGUUGGCAGAUCUCCUUCCUGAUUAUGAAGUUGCAUGUGAACAUGAACAUUCCAAUUGCAUGCUCAUUGCUCAUGAAAAGUUCAAGAUUAAUGGCGAUUGGUGGACUUGGAUUGAUUAUGAAAGAUUUCAGGAGCUAAUUCGGGCUUUUGACGAGAGCAAGGGCUCCCAAAAGUUUACUGCUAUGGAUUAUGUUGCAAAAACUCCAGAAUGGGCUUUAUUUGGUUCCAGAGAAAGGGGCUUCGAUCCUUUGGAUAAACGAUUUCAAAGAAAGAAUAAAACAAAGGACAUUUCUGGGUGUUAAAUUAGGAAAUUUCUCACAUCUGAAGUUAUACCUAUUGCCACAAUGGACAUUUUGAAUACUAAGGGAGUAAUGUAUCAAAUAUCACUAACAUUUUUACCAGGUCUUUUAAACCAAAGCAACCAUUCAGGUACCUACCUAGCACAUUUGAUAGCUAUAGCUAUUGAUUAGCUGCUGUGGGUGCUAGACAUGGUGCAAACUUGAUCUUUAUAAUGUUUUGAUGCCAUGUUAUGUAAAAUAAGGUACUUAAGAAACCAUUGUUCUAGGCAAAAGAGCAGAAGCAAGAAAUAUAAAAAUGUUUUUUCUUGGGCCAGCUGUACUGUAAUCUUGUUCCCCUGGUAAUUGGUGAUAUUAUGCUUACAUAUUCCUGUAUUAUGUAAGAACAGGCACAAACAACCUGUGCCCCCCUGCAUGUUGUUCAACUAUAACUACCAACAAUUAGUAACAACCGAAAGCUGGAGGGGGUUCAGUGAGUUUUAUGCAACUGCAUCUGAAGGGCUGAGGGUAGGGUUUGAAAACCAGAUUGUACAGGUCUAGAAUUUGCUAUUUGUGGGAUUUUAAACGUAUACCUUUUAAAUGCAUAAAUAAAAAUCAUUAAAUAGUGA